AUGAUCCAGGACUGGGACCACAACAACACCGAGACCCUUCUGUCGACACUGAUCCAGGACGGGGACCACAACAACACCGAGACGCUUCUGUCGACACUGAUCCAGGACUGGGACCACAACAACACCGAGAGGCUCCUGUCGACACUGAUCCAGGCACUGGGACCACCAACACACGAGACGCUCCUGUCGACACUGAUCAAGGACUGGGACCACAACAACACCGAGACGCUUCUGUCGACACUGAUCCAGGACUGGGACCACAACAACAACCGAGACGCUCCUGACUGGGACCACAACAACACCGAGACGCUCCUGUCGACACUGAUCAAGGACUGGGACCACAACAGCACAGAGAGGCUCCUGUCGAUACUGAUCCAGGACUGGGACCAGAACAACACCGAGACGCUCCUGUCGACACUGAUCAAGGACUGGGACCACAACAGCACAGAGAGGCUCCUGUCGACACUGAUCCAGGACUGGGACCACAACAACACCGAGACGCUUCUGUCGACACUGAUCCAGGACUGGGACCACAACAACACCGAGACCCUCCUGUCGACACUGAUCCAGGACGGGGACCACAACAACACCGAGACGCUUCUGUCGACACUGAUCCAGGACUGGGACCACAACAACACCGAGACGCUUCUGUCGACACUGAUCCAGGACUGGGACCACAACAACACCGAGACGCUUCUGUCGACACUGAUCCAGGACUGGGACCACAACAACACCGAGACGCUUCUGUCGACACUGAUCCAGGACUGGGACCACAACAACACCGAGACGCUCCUGUUGACACUGAUCCAGGACUGGGACCACAACAACACCGAGAGGCUCCUGUCGACACUGAUCCAGGACUGGGACCACAACAACACCGAGACGCUCUGUCGACACUGA